AUGGCUGAAUAUUUAUUAUUUACUGCAUCUCAUGAUAAAACACUUAGAAAAUGGAGUUUUGAAACUGGUACUGAAAUUGUACAAAUUAAACCUAAAGAUGCUCAAAUCAAUAGUAUGGUUGUUAAUGAUGAUGGUAAAAUAUUAGGUACUGGUGGAUAUUGUACAUUAAAAUUAUAUGAUACAAAUAAUCUUGAUAUUAUAUGGUCUAAUAAUGAAGCACAUACAAAAAAUGUUCAAACUAUAGGAUUUUUUAAAAAUGGUUAUGAAAUGUUUACAGGUGGUGAGGAUGGUAUUGCAAAAAUAUGGGAUAUUAGAGCUAAUAAAUAUUCAUGUGAAAAAGCUUAUCAAAUGCCAUCACCAUUAAAUGGUUUAUCAUUACAUCCAAAUCAAAAUGAUUUAAUUGUUGCUGAUGCUCAGGGAAUUAUUUAUAUAUGGGAUCUUAGUCAAGAUGUUGAUUCUACUGUUCCAAUACAAGAACUUGAUAUAACAGAAUUUUUUAAUCAUGUUCAUGUUGAUAUAACUGGUGAUCAAGUAUGUGCUGUUUCUAAUAGAGGAAAAGUAUAUAUUAUUGGUAGAACUAACGAGGAUAUUAAUAGUAUUCCUAAUAUUAAUAAUGUUAAACAUGAUAAAUCAACAUUAUCAUUACUUAUGACAAGUGAAAUUUCAACAAUAGUUGAAGAAGUUCCAGUUAAUCCAAAUGAAGGUUAUUGUGUUCAGGCUUCCUCUUAUAAAUUUGAACAUUUCUUUAAAGCACAUCGUGAUUAUGUACUAAAAUGUCGAUAUUCUAAAUGUGGAAGAUUUUUAGGAACAUCUGGUGCUGAUGGAAAAGUUAAUAUAUAUAAAUAUCAAGAAUUUAAAGAUAAAAAUUACCAACCAUAUCGUCAAAUUCCUAAUCCAAAGAAAUACACUAACAAUGAAAGUGUUCCUGAUUUAAAAUGGAUAUGGGGAUUAGAAUUUUCUAAUGAUGGAAAAUAUUUAUUUACAUCUGGUGGUGAUCAUACUUUCCGUGUAUGGAAUAUUGAAGAAGAACAAAAUAUAAUUAAAUUUUCUGGGCAUUCUGGAACUGUAACAGGACUAGCUAUUUAUGAUUCUAAUCCAUCAUUGAUGUAA